AUGCAGAGGUGGAACAGAAAGAAAACCCAGUUUCCUGUAUUGGUGUUCCUCUUGUUUUUGUUUAUAGUGUUCUCAAAUCUCCACAGUGAAAAUAGCAUUCUGCAAAUUCAAGAUGGCCAUGAUCGUGCUCCUCGCCAUCAAGAUUCAAUCACUUAUGUAAAGCCAAAUCUUUUCAGCCCUCAAAACCAGGGUCCAGAGGUUUUGGAUAGAUUCAGUACAUGCAACUCCACCAAAGAGUACAGUGGUCGGAAAAUUGCGUGGACUGACCGUAAGCCGAGGUACGGUCACCGGAGAGAGACUUUGGAGAGAUGUGACGUGUUCUCAGGCAAAUGGGUGUUUGAUAAUAGUUCCUAUCCGCUGUACAAGGAAUCGGACUGCCCAUACAUGUCUGACCAGUUGGCUUGUCACAAGCAUGGCAGGUCUGAUUUGGGCUACCAGUAUUGGAGGUGGCAACCCCACAACUGCAACUUGAAGAGAUGGAAUGCAACUGAAAUGUGGGAGAAGUUGAGAGACAAAAGACUAAUGUUUGUAGGGGAUUCAUUGAACAGAGGGCAAUGGAUAUCAAUGGUGUGUUUGUUACAAUCUGUGAUUCCCGCAGAUAAGAGAUCCAUGUCGCCGAAUGCUGCUCUUACCAUUUUUAAAGCAGAGGAAUAUAAUGCCACUGUGGAAUUUCUCUGGGCACCGCUUCUUGUAGAAUCUAAUUCUGAUGACCCAGUGAAUCACAGAUUGGAUGAUCGGAUAAUCCGUCCAGAUUCUGUUCUUAAGCAUGCAUCAGAAUGGGAAAAUGCUGAUAUAUUGAUUUUCAAUUCCUACCUGUGGUGGCGACAAGGCCCAGUUAAGCUGUUAUGGAGCACUGAAGCUAACGGUGCUUGUGAAGAGUUAGACGGUCUUGGAGCCAUGGAGUUGGCCAUGGGUGCUUGGGCAGAUUGGGCUUCUAAGGUCAAUCCCCUCAAGAAGCGGGUCUUCUUUGUUACAAUGUCUCCUACACAUCUCUGGAGUCGAGAGUGGAAGCCAGAAAGUGAAGGUAAUUGUUAUAGCGAGACAUCCCCCAUUGAUUUGGAGGGCUACUGGGGAAGUGGUUCUGACCUGCCUACGAUGCACAUGGUGGAGAAAGUCCUCAGCAAGUUGAGUUCAGAGGUUUCCGUUCUCAAUAUUACUCAGUUAUCGGAGUACCGGAAAGAUGGUCACCCUUCCGUUUACCGCAAAUUCUGGGAGGCGCUGAAGCCUGAACAAUUGUCAAAUCCUGCGAGUUAUUCGGAUUGCAUACACUGGUGCUUGCCUGGUGUACCUGAUGUAUGGAACGAGUUUCUAUUCCAUUUCUUGUGA